ACAAAUGACAAUGACAAAUAAAUGACAAUCAGCUACAGCUUGUGCUUGUGCUUGUUUGUGAAUUUGUUGUUUGUUUUGCAAAUGUUGCAAAUUUAAGUAAAUGUGUUAAUUAAUUUCUACAAAAACCAAUCAAAUCAAAUGGAAGUUAAACAAGAAGUUAUGGAAGAGACGUGUAAAAUAGAAGUAGAUAAUAAUGAGUUGAAUGAUGUUCUUCUGGAUACCUUUAAAUCUGAGAUUAAGGAAGAGCCUCAAAGUGAAACUACACACCAUUCAUUUGAUUAUUUAAACUCGGAGGAAUAUCCCUUGAAGACAGACGUAAAACAGGAUGAAGAUAAACUGUGUCCCCUUGAAGUUAAACAAAGUUUCAUAUGUGAAGAUACACCAACUGAUGAAUGCAGCGCAUUAAAAGAUCACGUUAUAAAUAAGCAAGUGACCCAAUGUACAACUGCCGUAAAAAAAGCGAAAGCUAUAGAAAGACCUUUUGUAUGUGAAAUAUGCACCAAACAGUUUUCACACAAACCUCACUUGAAAGUUCACAUGAUGAUGCACACUGGGGAAAAACCUUUUGAAUGUGAAACAUGUUCCAAACAGUUUUCACGAAAUACUCAUUUAAAAAGACAUAUGUCAACGCAUCCUCAAGAUAAACAACUUGAAUGUGAAAUAUGCACCAAAAAGUUUUCAACUGGUUCUUACUUAAAAGUUCAUAUGAAAAUUCAUACUGGUCAAUUUGAAUGUGAAAUAUGCACCAAACAGUUUUCACACAGGCCUCACUUAAAAGUUCACAUGAUGACGCACACCGGGGAAAAACGUUUUGCAUGUGAAAUAUGUUUCAAACAGUUUUCACGAAAUUCUCAUUUAAAAAAACAUAUGUCAAAGCAUUCUCAAGAAAAACAGUUAUGUGAAAUAUGCUCCAAACAGUUUUCAAGAAGUACUAAUUUAAAAUUGCAUAUGAGAGUGCAUACUGGUGAAAAACCUUUUGCAUGCGAAAUAUGCACCAAACAGUUUUCACAGAGUUGUUAUUUAAAUCUUCAUAUGAAAUUACACACUGAAGAAAAACAAUUUGAAUGUGAAAUAUGUCCCAAACAGUUUUUAACAAAGUCAAAUCUAAAGAGACAUAUGACGGUACAUACGAGUGACAGACCGUUUGCAUGUGAAAUAUGCACUAAACAGUUUUCACGAAGUCACGAUUUAAAAAGACAUUUGAGUAUACACAAUAGAGACACGCCAGUCAAUGUUGCGAACACCGUACCGUCAGCCUAAUGUGCCACAUACUAAAAGUAUUUCCAAAGAUUACACAGCCCAACAAAAAAAAUUGUCUUGCUGCUGAAAAAAAAAACAACUAAUUUUGGUUAAUUAUUCAUCUGUGCUGAUUCCAAAAAUACAAACCUUUUCUUUGUAUCAGCUCUAGUUUUCGAGAUAUUAUACAUACUUAUCAAAUACUUAAAUAUUCUUACAUUUCUGUAUCAUCAUCAUCAAUGGUGUUACAGCCCUAUGAAAGAGCCUCGACCUUCCUAAGUCUAUUACGCCAGUCAGUCCUAUCCAUUGUCAACCGUUGCCAGUUUGCUACGCCUAUUUUUCUCCCAUCCUCAUCUACACACCAUCCUUCCAUCUAAGUUUUGGCCUACCCUUAUUUCUACUUCCCACCGGUUGUGACAUGGAUUCUCCUAGGAGGGUUGUUAUGCUGUGAUCUUGCUAGAUGUCCUGCCCAUCUUAGUCUUCCUAUUCUUAUAAGAGAUACUACGUCUUUACCACCAAAUAUAUGUUUAUAUAUGUGGUACACCUCGUAGUUGUACCUCCUCCUCCAAAUACCAUUUUCACAGAUGCCACCGAAUAUGCCUCUCAGAAUCCUUCGUUCAGAUAUAAGCAGGUUUUCAUCUGCCUUGGAGAUGGUCCAUGUCUCCGAUCCAUAUGUCAACACUGGUUGUAUAAGGGUUUUGUAUAUUUUUGUUUUUUGGCUUAAGUUUCUACUUCUCAUAUGUCUACUCAGUCCAAAAUAGCAUUUGUUCGCUAGGAUUAUCCUUCGCUUGAUUUCUUCUGUCAUGACGUUCUCCUUGGUGAUCAGGGAGCCUAAGUAUGUGAAUUUGUCCACCACUUCAAAGGUAGAGUUAUCAACAGAGAAUUGGUGACCGAUGUUUCUGCCUCUAUUGUUGGGUGUUGAUGCCAUCAUCUUAGUUUUCUUCUCGUUUAUUUUCAGGCCCAUAUUUGUUGAGGCAUUUGAGAAGGUGGUAUACAUUUCUUCUAGUUUGCGUGUUGUGCGGGAAACUAGGUCCACGUCAUCGGCAUAUUAUGCCAAAAUUUGGGAUGAUUUAUUAAAAAUAUUUCCUCUGUUGUCUAUUCGGGCAUCUCUGACCGCCUUUUCCAGAGCUAUGUUGAAGAGGAGACACGCCAGCGCAUCUCCCUGUCGCAGCCCAACAUUCGUUUCAAACGCCUGUGAUUGUUCGCCCUGUAUUUCGACUUUGCAAACGACUUUACGCAUUGUAGCCUUAACCAAUCUUAUCAGUUUGUCAGGGAUGUGGAAUUCAUCCAUGGCUUCAUACAAUUUGUUUCUUAGGACACUAUCAUAGGCCGAUUUAAAAUCUACAAAAAGAUGGUAUGUGUCGAUAUUGAAUUCAUUGGUUUUUUCCAGUAUUUGCCUUAGCACAAAGAUCUGGUCUGUUGUUGUUCGACCAGGCCUAAAACCACUUUGAUAUUCUCCAAGAAGCUCUUCUGAAUGUGCACUUAGGCGACCAUAUAAGAUACUCGAAAAUAUUUUGUAAACAUUUCUGUAUAUUCCGCCAAUAUAAUUGCAAUAUGUUUGUAAACAAACUUAACGAAUUCUAAGCCAAAUGCAUACUAAUGACUUCUAAUUAAAGUGUACUUAAUUAAAAUGUAUCAGAGUCUACACCAGAUCACUGGCGUUUUUUUAUCGACAGUUCCAAACGAAGUUUAAAGUGUAUCCUUCUACAUAAUGGCAACAAAUAUGGAAGUAUACCAAUUGGGCGGGCAUUCUACAAAAAUGAAAAGAAUAUAAAACAAUAUCGCUGGCGCUAAAAAAUAUCAAGUAUGGCCAACAUCAGAUCUGUGUUGAUUUUAAGAUGAUGAACUUUCUCCUGGGAGAACAAGGUGGCUAUAUAAAAUAUCCUUGUUUCUUGUGUCUUUGGAAUAGCAGGGCUAAGGACCAACACUGCAGUAGAAGAAAAUGGUGUUCUAGAGAUUCUAUAGUUCAAGGAAAAGCUAACGUAGUUAACGAAGCAUUGGUCGACCGAGAGAAAAUAAUAUUACAUCCGUUACAUAUUAAACUAGGGCUGAUGAAACAAUUUGUAAAGGCCCUAGACCAGAAUCGUCCUUGUUUUGAAUACUUGUCCAGCAAAUUUCCUGCACUUAGUAGAAAAAAAUUGAAAGCCGGAAUAUUUGAUGGGCCUCAGAUACGACAACUUCAGAAUCGAUGACUGAAAUUGAAUGUAAUGCAUGGUGCUCUUUUGUUUUUUUUUAGCGUAUGGCUUAAGUAUAUCACAGAAUAUAUUUAGAUUUAUGCAUUAUACAAUGCAUCACAAACAGAUGUCCAAUUUUUUUAUAUAUUCGAUUGACCCUUCGGUUGCCAUUACAAAGUCUAUAGGGUCGCCUGUGUAUGCUCUGCGUGGGCAGUCCUGAACAAUGUGACUGAUCGUCUGUCUUGCAGCGCCGCAGUCACAAGAAGGCGAGGGGAGUUUACCCCAUCUGUGGAGGGAGUCGGCGCAUCUUCCACACUUUGUUCGAAUUCGAUUAAGGGCUGCCCAAAUCUUACGGGGACGUUCAAAUUCGCCAGGUUUCCCUAUGAUGUCCGGUAGACUAUGGUAAUGCGGAUCUGUCCUACUUUCCCAAUCUUCUCUCCAUCGGGUAUUUAAGUCAAAGUUGGAUUGCUGCAGCGCUUGAGCAGAUUGUAGAGGGGGUAACCUGGAUCGGAGACGGUUUUCAAGAAUAUCGGGGAUGUCGUUGUGGACUAGAAGCUGGCGACUGUCCAUUAUUUUGUUAUAUUCUUUAACCAAUGCAUGUUCGCGGCGUAGGUUGGGUGGUGCUAUAUUACUAAGGGUAGGUAGCCACAUUGUAGGGGUGGGCUUAAUUGUGCCUGUUAUCAUACGCAUAGUACGGUUUAGUUGGGUGUCGACCAGGUGGGUAUGCCUGCUAUUUAGCCACACUGGAGCACAGUAUUCUGCCACCGGAUAUAUCAGGCCAAGAGCAGAGGAUCUUAAUGUUGAUGCUGUGGACCCCCAUGUAGUGCCGCAGAGUUUCUGUAUUAUAUUGUUGCGUGUUUUCAACUUUGCUGCUGUUUUCGUCAGGUGUUCUCUGAAUGUGAGCGUUCUGUCUAGAGUAACCCCAAGGAAUUUCGGGUAUUUAUUGUGUUUUAACAGCUUGUUAUUAAAAUACACUCGCAAUUCUCUGUAUGCCAACUUGUUGUUUAGAUGAAAAGCUGAUACUUCAGUUUUUGUAGUACUUGGCUGUAGUCUCCAUUUCUUAAGGUAUUCGCUGAGGAUGGAUAAGUCAUUCGUGAGAGUGAUUUCUGUAGUUUCUAAAGAUUGGUGGCUUGUUGCAAGGGUCCAGUCGUCAGCAUAUCCAAACUUCCGAAAUUCGGUUUCAGGCAUGUCAGCAAUAUAGAGGCUGAAAAGUAAAGGGGCAAGGACAAAACCCUGUGGAAGACCAUUGUUAAGUUUCAUCUGUCUACUCGUCUCCUUUCCCAUUAUAACCUGGAAGGCUCUGUUGGUCAGCAUGUUGUCAAUGAGGUUAAUUAUCUUUCUGCAGGGGAUAAUGCGGGCCAGUUUAUAUAUUAAUCUCUGUCUCCAAACAGUAUCAUAUGCUGCUGUUAGAUCUAUAAAUACUGUUGCUGUCUUUUGUUUCUUUUGAAAACUAGCUUCUAUAAAAGUUGUUAAUGACAGCACUUGGUCCGUACAGCUUCGAUGAGGGCGGAAGCCAGCUUGUUCAAUGGGGACAUUUUCUAGUAUCCUGUGACUAAUUCUGUUGAGGAGAAGCUUUUCUAAUAGUUUAUAUACCAUGCUGAGUAGAGCUAUGGGGCGGUAGUUUUCUGGCUUAUCGUUUGAUUUGCCCGGUUUCGGAAUUGCAAUUAUCUUUGUUCGCUUAAGUGAGAAAGGAAUGUUACCUGACUGAAGUAUAUCAUUAAAGAACAUUGCAAGCCACUGUUUCGUGUAUGCACCACUGUGUAUCAAGAACUCUGGAUGGAUACCAUCAAAGCCAGGUGCUUUACCUGAUUUCAUUUCUUUCAGCGCAUGUGUGAUUUCAGAAAUAAGUAUUUUUGCUGAAUAUUCGGAGUUCGUUCUGUUCAUUUGUUUUAAUGCCCUUAAGGCUCUUUUGUGAAAGUGGAAAAUGUUCAUGUAAACAAUCGGAAAAUUUCCGGGAUGUAUAUAGUGGAAGAAAUGCUUAACAAUAUUAACAAACACGGUUGUCAUAUGAGUAUGUAUUAAAAUCCAUUAUCUCCACAGCCACUUGACCGUUUCCCAGAAAAUCUUGGUGACCUUAGUGAGGAACAAGGGGAACGCUUAAACCAAGAUAUCAAAACGAUGGAAGAGAGGUUUCAGGGGAGAUGGGACACUCACAUGAUGGCGGAUUACUGCUGCAGUCUUCAAAGGGACCGUUCUUUUAAAGCCUUUGCAAAAAAAAAUCAUGUAAAAGGAAGUUUUUAUGCGACGCCGAAUAACAGAUUUGUGCUGCGAUGCUGGUUUGGUUAGAUGAAAAGUUUUUUUGGCAGAUAUAUGUGAUGAUUUUUGUAAGUAUAUUGUUGUACAAUAAAUAUCUUACUUUUUA